AUGAAGUCCUUCACCUUCAUUUUCUUCGUUGCUCUUAUUCCCAGUGUUCUAUCAAUCAACGGGUUUCCCGCCAUCUGCACUUGGGAUCCUCCUAUAUCUGUUGAGGCCGGAGCUUCGCUUUCGGCAAGAAUCGAUAAUCCCUGGGGCGGCCGCUGCACGGCAACCCUGCGACUCACUGACUCCGAGUUUCUGCCUAUCAAUUGGUCCUUCGAAGCCAUUCAAUGUACCGAUUUUGAGCUCGCCCAGCUGUCUGUGCCGGUAGAUUUGCCAAAUGGGGACGCAUAUAUUAUCUGGCAGUGUGCGGGACAGGCGGCAUUGACUUGCAGCCACGUUGAGAUCAAGAACGGGCGGGGUAACAUUGGUGCGGUGAGUCUGGAUCAGAGUGGCACUGUUGGCUGUGUUUCUAGCACACGCCAGACACUGACCACACUCAUCACACGGACAAACCCUGCCGGAGUGCAAGUCGAGACAUCGUUGUCCACCUUAACAACCGUGACCACCAGUUUUCGGACUGCUACCGCUGACCCCGCCGUGGCUGGUGCGCCGACAUUGACGGCGGCCGUCCUUACCGAUACUGUGCUGGCGGCCACUGGUGCGGCCACUACUCCAACUUUGGAUGCACCACCGACCCCGCCCGGCACCACAGGCAGCCAGAACGCAGAUACCGGCCUACCAACGACAACCGGGAACACGCCGACCGCGGCCGGGAACGGGAUUACGUCUAUCACGCCACUCGCCGGUGCAACCACGGCGACCAUCAUGCCGCCCAAUCCGCCGACCAAUUCCAACGAGCGGCCUGACACGACCUUGGCUGGUACAAUGCAGACGGCACGCGCCCUGACGUCUCCUCUACUGACGAGUACGGCAACAUUGACCAUUACCAAUUGUAUGGUCCCUUGUGCGAAUACUGUCGUCCCUGUCUGA